AGGCGGAAGAAGCGGCGGCCGCGGCUGGGGCUGAGGCUCCGGCCGUCGGCGGACGCAGUAGCCGCGGCCCACGAACCGGGAGUUUGGCGUCGGAGACGCUUGAUCUCGGAGUGCUGCGUGUAUAGGCGGCGCGUGGCGGCCCGGGGGAGCUUUCUAGUCGGCUGUGAAGCCUCUGCGUGUGCGAUCGAUUGACUGACAACAAAGCUACUAUGAGUCUCUUAAACUGUGAAAACAGCUGUGCGUCCAGCCAGUCUUCAAUCGACUGCUGUGCUGCCAUGGCCACCUCCUGCAGUGCUGCCAUGAAAGAUGACAGUGUGAGUGGCUGUGUCAGCACGGGGAACCUGUCCAGCUCCUUCAUGGAGGAGAUGCAGGGAUAUGAUGUGGAGUUUGACCCACCUUUGGAAAGCAAGUAUGAGUGCCCCAUCUGCUUGAUGGCUUUACGGGAAGCCGUGCAAACACCAUGUGGCCACAGGUUCUGCAAAGCCUGCAUCACCAAGUCCAUAAGGGAUGCAGGUCACAAGUGCCCAGUUGACAAUGAAAUACUGCUGGAAAAUCAACUGUUUCCUGACAAUUUUGCAAAGCGAGAGAUUCUUUCCCUGACGGUAAAGUGUCCAAAUAAAGGCUGUGUGCAAAAGAUGGAGCUGAGACAUCUCGAGGAUCAUCAAGUACAUUGUGAAUUCGCUCUAGUGAUUUGUCCCCAAUGCCAACGUUUUUUCCAAAAGUGCCAGAUUAAUAAACACAUUAUCGAGGAUUGUCCCAGGAGACAGGUUUCUUGUGUAAACUGUGCUGUGCCCAUGCCAUAUGAAGAGAAAGAGAUCCAUGAUCAAAGCUGUCCUCUGGCAAAUAUCAUCUGUGAAUACUGUGGUACAAUCCUCAUAAGAGAACAGAUGCCUAAUCAUUAUGAUCUAGACUGCCCAACAGCUCCAGUCCCCUGCACAUUCAGUGUGUUUGGCUGUCACGAAAAGAUGCAGAGGAAUCACUUGGCACGGCACUUGCAAGAGAACACCCAGUUGCACAUGAGACUGUUGGCCCAGGCUGUUCAUAAUGUUAACCUCUCUUUGCGGCCAUGCGAUGCCUCCUCUCCAUCCCGGGGAUGUCGUCCAGAGGACCCAAAUUACGAGGAAACGGUCAAACAGUUGGAGGGGCGCCUAGUAAGACAGGACCAUCAAAUCCGGGAGCUGACCGCCAAAAUGGAAACGCAGAGCAUGCAUGUGGGCGAGCUCAAGCGGACCAUUCGAAGCCUCGAGGACAAAGUUGCCGAGAUGGAAGCACAGCAGUGUAACGGCAUUUACAUUUGGAAGAUUGGCAACUUCGGGAUGCACUUGAAAUCCCAAGAAGAGGAAAGACCUGUGGUCAUUCACAGCCCUGGAUUCUACACAGGCAGACCUGGGUACAAGCUGUGCAUGCGCCUGCACCUCCAGCUACCGACGGCUCAGCGCUGUGCAAAUUACAUAUCCCUCUUUGUCCACACAAUGCAAGGAGAGUAUGACAGCCACCUCCCCUGGCCCUUCCAGGGUACAAUACGCCUCACGAUCCUUGAUCAGUCUGAAGCAGUAAUAAGGCAAAACCACGAAGAGGUCAUGGAUGCUAAGCCAGAACUGCUUGCCUUUCAGCGGCCCACCAUCCCACGGAACCCCAAAGGUUUUGGUUAUGUGACAUUCAUGCACCUGGAAGCCUUAAGACAGGGAACCUUCAUCAAGGAUGAUACGUUAUUAGUGCGCUGUGAAGUCUCUACCCGCUUUGACAUGGGGGGCCUUCGGAAGGAGGGGUUCCAGCCACGCAGUACUGAUGCGGGCGUGUAGCCUCCAUUUACCUAUGUUCAAAAGCUAGGAGCCAUAUGGAAAAGCCGUGCCUUCCGAGCCUGGUCCAGUAAACAGACAGUGGGAGAGGUGUAAGGCCAGCAGCAGAUGUCAUCAGCGUGGUCACAUUCCACUUCUUACCGUUAACCAAUAUCUGGGGCAAUUCCCAUGGGGACCUCCGUGUCCCCUGUGUCUUCAGAACCUUAACAUUUGAAGGGCCAGACGCUCAUCAGUUUGUCAGGGAACCUCUUCACUGUGCUUCCAUGGACCUUUUUGUCCAUGUACUUUACUGAAAAAAAAAAAAAAAAAGGCCAGAAUUAGUGUGCUGGAGCUCAGUCGUUUAAUACUGGUGCCUUAAACACUUGAAGUGCUUUUAGGGCAUGUAUUAAACGUGAGGAUCACCAUUGCCUGUGCUGCUGCCAGUGGAAAGGUUACCGCUCUGGUGUUGAGUUCUCAUUUAGUUGACCGCUGUGAAUUUCAGAGGUUUUGAACCAUGAUCCCUGGAAUGCUGAAGUUCUCAUAUACUCCCUCCUCCAUUGGUCACUAAGGACCAGGGACUGGUUUAACCCUUACUUAUAAAUAGUGUGAAUGUAUUGUCCAUUGAACACCAAGGGUUUCUCCCCUGCCUUCAUUGUUGAAAUACGCUCUAGGCAGCAUCUUCCCGGUUUAUAAGACUGUAGUCAUGUGGUUGCCAACUGUUGAGUAUGACUGCCAUGUAACCUUUCUUGUCUGUUCAGUAUAGCUUGGUUUCCACAGCCUGUCGCACAUCUUCUGUUGCUUGCAAACACAAAAUCGCCAGCCUAAACAAGUGAUCAGCUCACCAGCCAUUAAGUGGCAUCUCAUGGAUGAUGACAGCAAUUCUUAUAGCCAGGAAACUUCAGCCCUCUUAACUACCUUCUGAUUUAGCUUAGUUGAUUGAAAUAAAACUGAUUUCCUCAAGGGGGCUGGAGAGUUGGCUCAGUGGUUAAGAGCAUUGGCUGUUCUUCUAGAGGAACCCCCAGUUCCAGGGGAUCUGAUACCCUCAUACAGGUAAAACAAUGCACAUAAAAUUAAAUAAAUGGAUGAAUACAUAAAUAAAUAAUGAUUUCCUC